GAUUUUAAUGAGUUUGUGUGUCUCCUUUUGCUAACAAACAGAUUGAUGAUUUGCAUCGAGUAAAUAAAUAAAUAGGGAUGCUGUAAAAGGACGGCCACAUGUUUAUCACAUGUUCUGCUCAGGGUAUAUAAGCGUUCCCUAAACAUGCUGAUAUUCACACUCAGGACAUUGCCUUGGACAGUAAACCCAAGUCACCAUCUCCGACACCAUGAGCUACUAUGGCAGCUACUAUGGAGGUCUAAGCUAUGGCUGUGGGGGUUUUGGUGGCAUGGGCUAUGGCUACAGCUGUGGAUGUGGCAGCUUCUACAGACUGGGCUAUGGCUGUGGCUAUGAAGACAGGAGAUAUGGCUGUGGCUACAGAGGCUAUGCAGAUGGCUGCUGCUGCCCGUCAUGCUACAGAGGAUAUAGAUUCACCAGCUUCUACUAGGCUGCUGUUCUAGUGAUGCAGCAUCUGUUACCUUGAAGGGAUUUCAAACAAGUUACUUCUAAGAUACAAAAGGUGUAAAAGGUGUAAAUGUGUAAAUGAGGGUAAAGGUGUAAAUGUGUAAAAGGGAGAAAUUGGCCAGAACAAAGGGGCUAUAGACCCCAAACAAGUCCAAAACCCAGCAGGGCAGUCAUUAAAUAUUACAGCUUCAAAAUAAUCUCCUUUUACUCCAUGUCUCACACCCAGGCCACAUUGAUGCAAAGAGCAGACUCCCAAGGCAUUGGGCAGCUCCACUUCUGUGGCUCUGCAGGGGAUAGUCCUCCUGGCUGCUUUCACAGGCUUGCAUUGAGAAUCCGCAGCUUUUCCGGGCACACAGUGGAAGCUGUUGGUGAAUCUACCAUUCUGGGGUCUGGAAGAUGGUGACCUUCUUCUCACAGCUCCACUAGGCAGUGCCU